CCUGGUCAGUGGCUGCUGCUAUGGUGCUUGGAGCAUCAAGACGUUAGUGGUGAGGUUGACGUCUCGAUCUAGACCUCAGAGCACAGCACACUGCGAACUGCAACGCGGAAGUAACAAAAAAAAAAAAAGAAAAGAAAAGAAAAAAAAAAAAGACUAUUUAACGUAUUGAAGAAUAUGAACAAAGUGGACGGACCAUGUCGACCCGCUGCCUCGCUGAAAUUCACAAUUGACAACAUCCUGAACCUUAAGACAAGCGGGAGGAACUACAGUUGUCAUCCCGCCGGGUUGCAGGAUGACACGGCCACGGCGAUGCGUAAAGACGCUUUUCAGAGCCGGUACGAGGAGCACGGAGUUCAACAGAGGCAGGACCCGACCAUCAGACAGUUGGUCACGGAGAGCAACGGAGCCACGGAAGCAGCCAUCAGCCGCGGAGACCCAAGAAAGUCGGCGGAGGCGCGCCUCGAGAGCGGGGACAGCAGCUGCGAUGACAGCAGCUCCACCACGACAUCGGCGGACCCCCACAAAGGAGGCACCUCCACCAAGAAGAGCAAAAUGAUAACGAAAAAGAAAACACGCACUAUCUUUUCCAAGAGACAGAUUUUCCAGUUGGAAUCUACCUUCGAUAUGAAACGCUAUCUGAGCAGCGCAGAGCGCGCCUGCCUCGCCAGUUCCCUCCAGCUCACGGAGACCCAGGUGAAAAUAUGGUUUCAAAACCGCAGGAAUAAGUUGAAACGGCAAAUCUCCACUGAAAUUGACGGACCCGUUAACGAUUUCCCUGAGACUGGCAAACCCGUGGUGGUGGGGCAGCUCCCGGCCUUGUACAAAGAGAGCAACCUGCUGGGGAGAUGCCUGCUGCCCAUGCCCCUGCCCGUGGUAUACCCGGGGAGUAGUACGCCUUACCUCUGCUUCUCAAAUGCCAGCAAGUACUUCAGCCUGUAUGAUGGAGACGUAUGAUGGUCGCAAUUAUUUGCCACGUGAGAGAGACACUUUUUGGUGGUCUUUUGCCAAGUUUCAAGCAUUUAUGGUAUUUAGAUUGUGGGGUCGGAGCUGCGGCCUUGCUGUUUUGCAGACUGCAAGUACAAUGGGAGGAGGACUAAUUACAUAUCACAAAAAUAAGCUGAUUAGGUAUUAUUUAUUUUUUAGGCAAAUUUGUGGAUUUGGUAUAAGCCUAACACUAAACAUGCUAUAGUUACACAUAGCCGUUUUUAAUACGAGAUCUUUUUUGUUUUAUUUUUUUAGCAGGCUAAGUUAAUGAUAGCCUGGAGGAGGCCUAAAACAGUAUAAACUCCAGCAUUUUGUUGUUUACAUAAUAUUUCCACAAGUUUAUUAUUAUUAUUAUUAUUAUUAUUAUUAUUAUCAUCAUCAUUAUUAUUGUUGACAACAGCAUUUCCAGCAGCCUAAGCCGCCAAAGAAAGUACUAUAACGUAGCUAUUUGCAUGCAUUUACUGUAUCAUAAUGAAUUUUGAAUUACUGAAAUUAUCUAUGUAUUUAAAUGAAUGUAAUUAACAUUUAUUUUAUGUUUCACGCAUGUCUUUUUUUUUUUUUUUUUUUUUUUAGUAGCAGUAUCCACUAUUCUUACUUUAUCCCACGUUUUGCCUAUAGGCUCAUUACACCAUUUACUGAAAAUGUAAUUAAUUAAAACAUCUUCAUUCAAGAAAUAUUAUAAAGAAUUGACUGAAUAUUUUGGAAUGAA